AUGCAAGGCCCGCUGGCCGACCUGCCUACCAAUUCCACCAGCAGACCGUGGCUCGUGGGACCCAGGAACACCACCAAGCUCAACCACCGCACGCGCCAGAUACUGGAGAGCGGCGAGGACGCCUUUGUGCCGUCGAACGAGGUCACCAAGUACUACAACGUCACCGCGGCCUGCCUGCGCCAGUGGGCCAACAAGGGUGAGGUGCGCGUCUUGAGGAUCGGCGAACUGGGCAAGCGCCUCUACAACGCCAAAGAUCUCAAGUCCAAGCUAGUUGGGCGCGAUGGAGGCGCCCAACAACAACGACAACAGCAACGAAAGAGGUUUGCCUACGCUCAAGUGUCGAGCGAACACCAGCGGGGCGACCUCGAGCGCCAAGUUGGCGAACUCCGGCGGCUCUGCCCCAACCACAAGAUCGUCACCAACGUGGCUAGUGGCCUCAACUGGAAACGGAAGGGCGUUAGAGCCAUACUGGACCAAUGUCUCGAGGGAAUGGUCGAGGAGGUUGCCGUGCUUCACCGGGACCGACUGGCGCGCUUUGGAGUCGAGCUCAUGGAGUACCUCUUUGCAAAGAACGAUGUCCGGCUCGUGGUGGUCGGUGAGGGCGCUACAGCCGACGCCGAGACCCACGCCGUGCUCGAAGCUGUCGUUGACCCGGCGCAGGAGCUCGCCGACGACCUCAUCGCCCAACCGUGGAGGAAGCAACAGGCGGCGAAUCUGAAGACGGCUCAGAAGAAGGCGAAUCGGAAGAAGGCCUCGGCGGCGAAGACCAAGGUCAUGGAGGCAAGCGGCGACGGCGACACGAAUCAACCGGGAGGAAAGCGAAAGCGCAAGGGAAAAGAGCGCGCGCCGAUCUCUGAGGAGGGGGAGGAGGAGGAGGAACCGGCGCCGUACGAUGGCAAGUGCCGCAAGAUCCGAGUCUUCCCGAAUCGCUGGCAGAAGGAUCUCCUCAAGAGCUGGAUGGGCACGGUGCGCUGGACCUUCAACGCGUGCAACGCCGCCGUGCGCGCUGGGCUCAGCGGCCACUCCGAGGCCGAACUGCGGAGCCGUUUCGUGGACAACGAGGCCUUCGGCAAGCCGCACCUCCCCGGUCCAUCGACGCUCUGGGUGCUCGACACGCCGCGCGACAUCCGGGACCAAGCGGCGAAGGAGCUCUCGGCGGCCUACAAGAACGGCACCAAGGCGCACGGCAAGGGCAAGUUCGAGGUCAAGUUCAAGUCGCCCAAGAAGAUGGCCCAGCAGUGCAUCACGAGCAACGCUCGGGAUUGGGGUCGCGGUCGCACGAGCGUCUUCCACGGCCUCUUCGACAGCGGGAGAGCCCUCCGCGCGAGUGAGCCGCUCCCGCGAGAGAUGAAGCACGAGUUCAAGAUCGUGCGUACUCGACUCGGUCGCUACUACCUCUGCGUGCCGAUGGACCUCGAGACACGGGGCGAAAGCCAAGCCCCAUCGUCUUCGGAUGACGUCGGCGCCGAGUGCGUCUUCAUCGACCCCGGCGUGCGCACCUUCGUGACCACCUUCGAUCUGAGCGGGCGCAUCCACGAGUUCGGCACCGGUUCGAUCGGACGCAUCGAGAAGCUGUGCCGCCGCCUCGACGACCUCAUCUCGCGCACCUACGCCAAGAAGCCCGACGACAGGCAGCGCUUCCUCCGCGGCAAGAAGAAGCGCUGGAGGAUGCGGCGCGCGGCGCUGCGGAUGCGGCGUCGGAUUCGCGACCUGAUCGAUGAGGCCCACCGCAAGAUCGCGCUCUGGCUGUGCGAGAACCACCGGGUCAUCCUGUGGCCGCUCUCCGGUGUCUCCAACAUGGUGGUGGCCAAGGAGGAUCUCAAGCAGCGUAAGCGACGGAUCGGCGCCAAGUCGGUGCGCGCCAUGCUCACGUGGAGCUGGUACCGCUUCCAGGAGUGGCUCAAGCACAAGGUGCGCGAGUUCCCCUGGUGCCGCCUCGUGCUCACAUCCGAGGCGCACACGACCAAGACCUGCACUCACUGCGGCACGCCCAACCAUGACGUCGGGAGGAGCGAGGUCUUCCGCUGCGCCGACGCGGCCUGCCCGAACCGAUCGGCCCAUCGCGACCACCACGGAGCGCGCAACAAUGGCCUCCGGUUUUUGACCGAGUGGGCCAACCUACCAACGACGACGACGACGACGACGAUGACGCAACGACUCCCGACUCGAGUCAUCGACCUGACGACGUCGGGUCUCAACGACUGA